AUGUCUUUAUUAGAACAAUUAGCAAGAAAAAGACUAGAAAAGUCGAAAGACCCCUCAAAUAUAGCCCAAUCACAAAGUACUUCUAAAAGUGCUUCCUUACUAGAAAGACUCCAUAAGAAUAGAGAAGCUAAAAGUAUCAAUGGUGAAUCCAGAAGAAAAGACUUGAAGUCUCUUCUUGCAAAAGAUAGGAUUACAAAAAAUGAUAAUACUUCAAAUCAACACACUUUCACAUUAAGUUCAAAACUCUCUGCUUUAAGGAAACCAUAUAAUAAUUUAGACACAGAGGCAAAACCAGCACCUUCUAAAAGCACGGAAGGUCAAUCCCCUGUCCAAAGAAGGUCGUCCGAUGUUAACCGCGAUAUUAAAGAUCCAUGGAAUGUUCUAAAUGAGAUAAAUUACUAUUUUUCUUUGAAAGAGCAUGAGCGGAUAAAGCAAACCGAUGGGUUUGCGUUCACCGAAUUUGUCUCAAACAAUAGGUCAAAAGAAUCAAAAACAUUUUCGUCAUCUUUGUCUAUCAAAAAACACUAUAAUGAGCUCUUUACUGUUUUCCAGCCUUCUACUGUACCGAAAACAACUCAUGACAAUGCUUUGAAAAAUUUCAAUAAACCAAGUCCUGACGAUAUAAUACAGUCUGCCCAAUUGAACGCCUUCAAUGAAAAAUUAGUAAAUUUGAGUAUUGAAUCAAAAUCUAAGGCCGAUAAAAAAGAAUUAAUUGAGCUACAAACACCUCCAAUUGAAUCAAUUGAUGUGAAUUCAUUCAUUGCCAAUCAUUCUUUGAAUUUAACUUGCUUAUUUCUUGGUGAUACGAAUUCAGGUAAGUCCACUCUAGUGGGACAUAUUCUAUAUGAAUUACAUGAAAUUUCUAUGGCUUCAAUAAGAGAUUUAAAGAAAAACGUUGAUAACUUUGAUCCAACGACAUCCAACCAUUUCAAAAUCAUUGUAGAUAACACCAAAAUAGAAAGGGAGAGUGGAUCUUCGAUGUUCAAAAAGACAAUUCAAAUUGAAAAUUCUCUACUACCAUCAUCAUCAUCCUUGACCCUUAUAGACACCCCUGGGGAUGCCAGAUUUUUCAACAAGGAAACCAUUAACUCAAUUUUGACAUUCAACCCAGAUGUUUUUACACUAGUUAUUGAUUGCAACUAUGAUUCUUGGGAAAAAUUAUUAGAUGGUCCAACUAACAAGAUUUAUGAAAUUUUAAGAAUCAUAUCAUACUUGAACAUGAAUUCCACAUACAAAAAGCGAUUGAUUAUUCUUUUGAAUAAAGCAGAUUCGAUUGGCUGGGACAAACAAAGGUUAGAAAUGAUUCAAUCUGAAUUGCUGUAUAUGCUAACGGAAACCUUUCAAUGGGAAACCACACAAUUCCAGUUCAUUCCAUGCUCCGGUUUGUCAGGUUCAAAUUUGAAUAGUGCUAAUAACGUCGUUACCAAGUCUAAAUACAAAUCUGAGUUUGACUCUAUAAAUGAUGUACCCGAAUGGUAUGAAGGACCAACAUUUCUAUCUCAUCUGUAUUCAUUAAUGGAAGCCAAUAUGAAUAAGAUAGAAACCACUUUGGACGAGCCAUUUACUGGUAUAGUGCUGCAUAAUUCUGUUCUCCCAUUAUCCACAGAAAACAACGGUAUAUCGUUCAAGAUUUUCAUCAAAAGUGGAUAUAUUCAAACUGGUCAAACGAUUGAGAUUCAUACUCCAUAUGGAGAAAAAACCUAUUAUGGCAUCAUUACACAGAUGAUUAAACCUAAAAUGACGUUGAGGCCUGAUAUAAAAAAUCGAUCACCCGUUGGUGUACACUCUGACAUUCUGGAAAUUUAUGUUAAAAUACACCCUACGGAUGAAUUUGCGAAAAAGCAAAUUCACAUUUACAAAAGCGAUUUAAUAAUUUCUCCUAGAAAAGCAAACACUUUGUCACCAAAUUUACCAAAUUCUCUGAAGUUAUUAAACCUGCGGUCAAUGAAAUUGUCGAUCCAAACUUGCGCGUUCAGUGACCCUAUAGUUUUAGAUUCUGAAUUGAUCCUUUACCAUGAUUUAACAUACACUACAAUCAAGUUAGUGAAGAUUGUUGGAACUAACGCUAGUUCGAUUAACCCAAACCAAUCACUAACUAUUGAGGUCGAGAUUAUCGCACCAGGCUGUGCCUUAAACGUGAUUAAUUCCAAAUAUGUUACAAAUGAUGUUGUUAUAACAUCGACAGACUAUAAAACCGUUGCAGUGGGAAAAAUCGCAUGUCAAUAA